GGAGCAGCCGGUUUGACAUCCUGUCCUCGCGCCCCAUGAAGCGUGCUGACUGCGCCAGAGGUGGACACCAUGAGCGGGAGGUCUCACCUGAUUCACCGGAGCUCCGCGGGACUCUGAGCCGCGUCUUUCAGUCUCCGUCCACCCACAAACCGCACACGGGAUGUGGGGACCGCAGAAAUCAGGACUCCGGGAUUUUCUGUCUCUGCCGCUGGUCGUGGCGGUGAUGUGCUGCGCCCAGAGCGUCAACGAACCGGGCAACAUGUCUUUCGUCAAAGAGACAGUGGACAAACUGUUGAAAGGGUAUGACAUCCGUCUCCGGCCGGACUUUGGAGGUGCACCGGUUGCUGUUGGCAUGAGUAUAGACGUGGCGAGUAUAGACAUGGUGUCAGAAGUCAACAUGGACUACACGUUGACGAUGUAUUUCCAGCAGUACUGGAGAGAUAAGAGACUGGCGUAUGCAGGGAUCCCCCUCAACCUGACGCUGGACAACAGAGUAGCAGACCAGCUCUGGGUCCCGGAUACCUACUUCCUCAAUGACAAGAAGUCCUUUGUUCACGGUGUCACCGUUAAGAACCGUAUGAUUCGACUACACCCGGACGGCACAGUUCUCUACGGCCUCAGAAUCACGACGACGGCGGCCUGCAUGAUGGAUCUGAGGAGGUACCCGCUGGACGAACAGAACUGCACUCUGGAAAUUGAGAGUUACGGUUACACAACAGAUGACAUAGAGUUUUACUGGAAAGGAGGAGACACUGCUGUGACCGGGGUGACCCGCAUCGAGCUCCCUCAGUUCUCCAUAGUCGACUACAAACUGGUUUCUAGGAAUGUGGUCUUUUCCACAGGUGCCUACCCUCGACUGUCUCUGAGCUUCAAGCUGAAGCGAAACAUCGGAUACUUCAUCCUGCAGACGUACAUGCCCUCCAUCCUCAUCACCAUCCUGUCCUGGGUGUCGUUCUGGAUAAACUAUGAUGCCUCGGCUGCCAGAGUUGCAUUAGGGAUCACCACUGUCCUGACCAUGACAACCAUUAACACCCACUUAAGAGAGACUCUGCCCAAGAUCCCGUACGUCAAAGCCAUAGACAUGUACCUGAUGGGCUGCUUCGUGUUCGUCUUCUUGGCUCUGCUGGAAUACGCCUUCGUCAACUACAUCUUCUUCGGACGAGGCCCUCAGAUGCAGAAGAAACUGGCUGAGAAGGCCCAGAAGGCAAAUAAUGAUCGUGCUAAGUUUGAUGGACCCAGGGUCGACUCCCAGGGGAACAUUUUGCUGACAACCUUGGAGAUCCACAACGAGGUGGGAGGGAAUGAGAUCACAACCACCGUGAGCGAGACCCACAACUCCUCCUCCACGGUGAACGACAACUCGGGGAUCCAGUACAGGAAGCCCAGCGGGCCACGCUCGAGCCUGGAAAGGAACGUACAUCUAAAGAAAACCCGACUGCGGAGACGAUCGUCGCAGCUGAAAAUCAAAAUCCCGGACCUCACCGAUGUGAACGCCAUCGACAGAUGGUCACGGAUAAUAUUCCCCUUCAGCUUCUCCCUCUUCAACGUCAUCUACUGGCUUUACUACGUCAAUUAACGCGCUGACGUUUUUAAACCCAUUUAUGUCUCUGUAUGUGAAGAACUUUAUUUGGUGGAAACCUAAUGAACUUUUUUUUAUCGUAGCGCAUGCAGACUUUGAACUGUCGCUCAGACAGCGUGCACCUGU